ACGUACUUCAACGUAGUGAGUGUCAUGGGGUAUGCUCUCCAGAGGCAAUAGAACGUAGGAUGCAUGCGUAGGACGUAGGUUUGGCCAUGGCCGGCUUGCACAAUGGUUGCGGCCUAGUGUAGUUGCAACAUGAUAUCCUAAUUGACGUCAUUAGUGUUACAAUUUCCGUCUGAGUCCGGUGCUAAGCUUGCUUCGGCGCCUCGGCUACUGCGGACUGUGAGGUGUUGCAUCAAACAGCGCACCAAGCUAUACAUAGCACAUGUCAACCGCACGGCGCACUGCCCACAGCUUUACCCUAGGAGGCGGUCCCGCCGCAUCAAUGGCAUCGUCAACCAUUGCACCGUCCUGCAGAACAGCUCGUGUACCAGCCAAGCAGCCACCGCACGGAAGCAGGCCUUACGACCACCUGCGCCAUGCACCCGCGGCGCCAUGCACCCUCAGUCCAACUCCUGCAGUUGCCGGCUCCUCCUCUUUAUCCGCCAUUUGCUCCUCUACCACCGCUACUACCGUAGCGCCCCUCGCACGUGUUGCCGCCAUGAGAACAGCUACUGCUGUUACCGGUCUCGUUGUUGCUGCCAGCCCUACUGCCAGUGCAGUAGCCGCCGCCUCUAAACCAGCUGCCGCAGCACAGCUCAGGAGGGCGCUCACGACCACGCCACGACAUCUAACAAGUUGCAAACAAGCUGCUGCGGUGGCAGCGGCAGCAGUGAUCGCACCAGCACCAGCACCGGCAACUGCUUCAGGUGCUGCGCAGGCUGCGGCGGUGCCCCGCACGGAGGAGGGAGAGGAGGCGCUGUGGCAGCAGGACCACGAGCAGGAUGGAAGGGACCAGGAGGGAAAGACGCAUGUCGAAGAAGCCUGGAUAAGAACAGAUGCUAAGAUGUUGGGCGGUGACGGCGGCCACAGCAUUGUUGCCGUUCAGCAAGGCGCUGAUGCACUUGUGCGCUCAGCAUGCGGCAACAUCAACCAUGCAUCAGCAGCUACUCAAGAGCAGCAGCAGCAGAAUGGUAUGGAGGCGCCAGGGCCUGCGGCGGCGGCGGCAACGGCAGCAGCAGCAGUAUCCUCAACGGCGGCGGUGUCGGCGGUGGCAGGGUCAACAACAGGGUCCGAGGAGGGGAGUGAUGUGGACCGGGGCUCGGACCGAGCAUGUGAGGCGGACUGCAGUAGCGGCAGCAGUGGUGGUGCAGGAGCUGGAGGGCGGGGCGUCCAGACGCGGCUGAAGAGCGCCCUAGACAUCGCCGCCUUCUCGCUCCCCCUUGCCGCCCAGAACGCGCUGGGCUACUCCCUCUCCGCGCUCUCGGAGCGGCUGGUAGGGCGGCUAGGCCCCGCGGCACUGUCCGCCGCCACCCUGGCCACCUCCACCUACUCGCUGGCAGGGCUGAGUCUGGUGUGGGGCGCGGCGGCGGGCAUGGAGACGCUGUGCGGGCAGGCCUACGGCGCGGGCAACCUGGUG